CCUUAUACCACAAAAGAAUGAGCAUAGAUGGGAAACAGUUAAACUUAGAAUUAUUUGACCCAUGUUCACAGCCGCCUUUGCCGUGUCAGGGUGAAAGCAUCCUGGAGGAGCCUGUGAACUGGGCAGAUGGGUUCGUGGUGGUGUACGACGUCAGUGACCAAAUGUCCUUCCUCCACGCCAAAAGCAUCUUACGGCAGAUCAAAGAAGCCCGACAGGAGACCUGUAAGGGACUGGCUGAUCUUCCGGUGUUCUUGGUGGGAAACAAGCAGGACCUGUGCAGCGCUCGGCAGGUACAUAAGGAAGAAGGCCAGUCCUUGGCUCAGGACGACCGCUGCCUCUUCCAGGAAGUGUCGGCAGCAGACGAUUUCUCAGAGAUAUCCAGUGUCUUCACCAGGCUCAUCCGUCAUGUUAUGGAGAACUUUAAGUACCGCACGGACCGCAGACGAUACAGCGGCUCCAAGUCCAUGGCCAAACUCAUCAAUAACGUCUUUGGCAAAAGGCGCAAGUCUGUCUGAUGGUGUACAUCACAAUGUGUGUUUACUAAUUAUAUUUUAUUGUUUUUCAAUUGAUCAACUAAUAUGUGACGCUUUUGGUGUGCUUUGUUAUCGAAGCUCAAUUUCCUUAAUGAUUUAUGCUUAGAAAAAUAAAUAAAUGUAUUGA